CAGGCUAAUAGCGACAAUACCACGUGAAGUCGACGGGAUAUCGGCAGCGGCAGGGCGGUCUAACAGGAUACCAAAACUGCAGAACAUGGCCCGGCCGGCACUGGAUACUAUGGAGGGAAAGAGUAGUAUAAAAGAUCAGCGGUUUUCCUCCCCCAGAUUUGCAAGAAAGUUCCUUUUCAUUUUGCAUCAGCUCAGUAAUCUUACCUCUUAAGCUCUUAUUUCACAAUGAAGUACUCCUACAGCCUCGCUGUCCUCCCUCUCAUCAGCGGUGUUCUCGCCGCCCCUGCUGAGAAGCAGGCUCGCCCUUCCGUCGGCGGCCCUCUCAAGCAAAAGAAGCAUCCCGAAACAGGCUUCGUCACCGACAGCAACUGGGCCGGUGCCGUUCAGGAAGGCAGCGGCUGGAUCAGCGUUACUGCUGAGACUGUGAUUCCCGUCAUCAGUGGUGGAAGCCAGAACGCUGGUGCUGCUGGCUGGGUCGGUAUUGAUGGCGCCAACUGCCACAGCGCUAUCCUUCAAACCGGUGUCCAGGCCCUUGGUGACGGCACCGUUGCCGCUUGGUACGAGUGGUGGCCCGAGGACCCCGUCUACUACGGCGACCAGUUCCCCGUCAAGGGCGGUGACAAGCUUCGCAUGACUGUCAAUGCUACAUCUGCCAACUCGGGUACAUCCAGCCUGGAGAACCUGAGCACCGGUGCUUCCGUCACAACUCCCUUCAACAACAUGAGAGAGUCGCUUUGUCUCACCGACGCCGAAUGGAUCAUUGAGCUCGGCGGCGGUGCCAGCGAGCUUGCCAACUUUGGCACAUGGAGCUUCACUGAUGCUUCAGCUACCAGCCAAAGCGGAAGCUCAUCUCCGGCGGGUAGCGAACCGUACAACAUUGCUGAUGGCAACGGUAACCUCCUCACCGACUGCAGCGGCAGCGCUUCGGGCGUAACCUGCAAGUACAUCUAAAGAAGAGCACCCAAAGCCCAUGUACAUAGUAUAUACAUAGCGUAGUAUAUAUGUAGUAUAUAAGCAAAAAUAAAAGGAU